AUGCUGCCCUAUGGUGUUUAUGCAGCAAUUUUAUUCGGUUCGCUCUUUAUUAUCAUCUUAGGUGGAGCUAUCGUUCUAUUGAAGUUACCGCUUCGAAAGCUUGUGACAUUACUUCAAUCGAUAUUUCAUUUUACAAAAGUACGUAGCGUUGGUAACGAUUAUAUUAUUAUCGAUGUAUGUGGUGAUGAAUUCGAAAUAUCUAAGAAAUUAUGGAAUCGUCUUCCGUUUGUAUUUGCGCUGGGCAUGUGUUUAUUAGUGGCUAUUCUGGUAUUCAUCGAAGGAUGCAUUUUUUCAACACGACAUGUUUAUUCCACAAAAGUAUGUUCCGAACGAGUACCAAAUUGCUAUUUAUUUAAAUCACAAUUAACAUCCUUCAAACCUUUGUAUGAAUUCGUUUGUGAACCGAAUCGACCGGUCAUUCCAUCGAAUAUGUCUGCAAGUUUUGCUGUCUGUUACGGUUUUGUUCUUCCCGAUCAAUCAUCCAUUGAUAUUCUAAAUCAACUUGGCGUUUGUACAGGUAUUCUAUCACUGGUUGAAUCUAUUUAUCCGCUUGUUUAUAAAUUUGCACGUAAAAAGUAUGGACGGAUUAGUCUAAUAGUUCUAUUUUGUGCACUGGUGAUUAUAGAAACUACGGUUUUAGCUAUGCAAUUGAAUAUCACAUUUAUGACAAUUAUUUUACUAUUAUUAACACAGGUUUUAAUAAUCACUAUAUUUAUUUUACAUUACCGGAAAGUACAUCAUCCAGAUAAUAUUAGCCGAGUAGGAUCCUACGUAGAGCUAAAAGAUGUUAACUAA